ACCACCACCACCUCUACCGCACACACCAUGACCACCGCACUCGACGCACUCAAACAGACCGGCACCGUCGUCGUCUCCGACUCCGGUGACUUCGAGUCUAUCGAUGUCUACAAGCCCCAGGACGCGACGACCAACCCGUCGCUCAUCCUCGCUGCUGCCAACAAGCCCGCCUACCAGCGCCUGAUCGAUGCUGCCAUCGAAGCCGGUAAGGCCAAGGGCGGUGACAUUGAGACCCAGACCAAUGCGGCCAUGGACCGUCUCCUUGUCGAGUUCGGCAAGGAGAUCCUGAAGAUCAUCCCCGGCCGUGUCUCCACCGAGGUCGACGCCCGCCUGUCCUUCGACAAGGAGGCGACCAAGGCGAAGGCGAAGGAGCUCAUUGCUCUCUACGAGUCGCUCGGCAUCAAGAAGGAGCGCAUCCUCAUCAAGAUCGCGUCGACCUGGGAGGGUAUCCAGGCUGCGCGCGAGCUCGAGCGCGACGACGGCAUCCACUGCAACCUGACGCUCCUGUUCGGCUUCGGACAAGCCGUUGCGUGUGCCGAGGCGGGCGUCACGCUCAUCUCACCCUUCGUCGGCCGUAUCCUCGACUGGUACAAGAAGAACAAGCCCGGAAAGGACUACGUCGGCGACGCGGACCCCGGUGUCCAGUCGGUGAAGAAGAUCUUCAACUACUACAAGCAGCACAACUACAAGACGAUCGUCAUGGGUGCUUCUUUCCGGAACACCGGCGAGAUCACCGCUCUUGCGGGCGUUGACUUCCUCACGAUCUCCCCCAACCUCCUUGAGGAGCUCAAGAACGACACCUCCGCCGUCCCCAAGAAGCUCGACGCCAGCGCAGCUCUGAAGGGCGAGCAGAUCCCCAAGGUCACGUACGUCGACAACGAGGCCGAGUUCCGCUGGGCACUCUGCGAGGACGAGAUGGCGAACGACAAGCUCCACGAGGGCAUCCGCAAGUUCGCGCAGGACGGCGAGGCGCUCAAGAGCGUCCUCCGCAAGAAGCUCUCGGCUUAAAUGUUGCGCGCUGUUCCUGGGAGACUCGGAGUGUGUUGUUUCGGCAUCAGGGAGGGGUAGUAGGAAGAAGAAAUCUGUACAUGUGUAAAACGUAGCAUGGAUUCACCAGCAUCUAGAUUUUGCCUCACCAUACUAGACCAGCCCUCGCUGGGUCCAGAUGGGAUGUGUACGAACCUUUGAAACU